GGCAAAGCAGGGUUUGGAUUUCAAUGCUGCUACUUAGAUGAUUGUGUGACAUUGGGGUAGUUUUGGAGUUUCAGACCCCUCUACUGUAGAAAAGGAAGAAUGAUUUCAUUGUUGGAUGAUGUGAGGAUUCCAGGAGACCGUUCUUGGGGUUCCCGUGGAGGGAUGAAAGACAGGGAGGAGAAGAGAGGUUCCAGUUCCCUGGGCUUCCCAGUCUGCCGGCUGCUAAGUACUUCUGAGAAAUUCUGCUUCCAGCUAACGAGGACCACCUAUCCUGGGAACCUCGGUACAUGGGACAAGAACCUCCUGGGUAGACCCCUUGGCAAGAUGAAUUGGACCAACUAUAGGUUCCAGGAUUCCAGAGCCAGUGGUGACGUCUUAGACAGCUUGGAGAACAUCACCACCCUGAAGACAGGCACUGGCCCUAAAGAACUCAGCAGCUUCGGCACAGCAGCCACAGCUGUUUCUAGCUCCAUCGGUGUCAUGGCCCUCAUCUUGCUGCUGGUGGGGCUCUUGUCCAUGACUCUGAAGAAAUGGAGGCCUGCGAGACUAUCUAAGAAAAAACUGAAGCAUCAGACCAACCUUCUCCACAAAUCCUUGGAGAUUUCCUGCCAUGCUGAUGCCAUAUAUUCCAACGUGAUCAACUUGGCCCCCAGGGAAGCAGACGACUUCGCUGUCUAUGCCAACAUGCCCCCUUUCGAUCGCCCCAGGAGGACAUCACCAGACCAAGUGGAAUAUGCCUCCAUUGUAUUCCACUGA